UCACAUGACGUAAUCCGGAAGCGGACCAUUUUCAGCCGAAAAACAAAAUUCGUGGGUGGUGUGGAGUUAUUCAAUCUGGACUGACGUUACCCAGCUGUACUGGAGUGGCUUCGCACACUGUACCGCACUACUCGGCAGUUGUACCCGGGGUUUGGCAAGAUGCUGAGCGCCGCCGCCGCGGAGAGGAACAAGGAGCCCAUCCUGGCGGUGCUCCGGGAGAGCGUGAACACCGGGAGACACCUGCAGGCGCUGGAGAUCUCCUCCGGCACCGGGCAGCAUGUCACACACUUCGCUCAGGCCCUGCGGAAUAUUACCUGGCAGCCCUCAGAGUAUGACCGCCAGUCUCUACUCAGUAUAGAAGCGUACAGAGCUCACUACCAGCUGCACAAUGUGAUGCCCGCCAUCCACCUGGAUGCUUCCCUGCCCCAUCAGUACUGGGGAGGGAUCCAGCCAGAGAGCCUGGAUCUGGUGGUCAAUAUUAACAUGAUCCACAUUUCUCCGUUCGCUUGCACAGAGGGUUUAUUCAGAGGGGCUGGAGCUGUGCUGAAGCCGCAAGGUCUUCUAUUUACAUACGGGCCCUAUGCAGUGAACGGCCAGAUCUCACCCCAAAGUAAUGUUGACUUUGACUACAGCCUACGGCAGAGGAAUCCAGAGUGGGGACUCAGAGAUAUCUCCCUCCUCAGUUCUAUAGCACAAAGAAAUGGUUUAUUCCUGGAGAAGAUAAUGGACAUGCCAGCAAACAACAAGUGUCUUCUGUUCAGGAAGGAGAGUUUGGUGUAAAGUGUCCUGUUGUUCCAGAGCAGGAUGGUCGACAAGCCUUAACUUACACUUGAAGCUCAGAUACGUUGCCAAAUUUUCCAGAACUGUUUAAGAAUCUCUUCCCCAUAUUGUAACACUCAAUGACAUGGACGGAAUUUUAUUAAUCAUAACUGAAUUAAUGUCAUCCAUUAUAUAAUGUAUUCUUCUUUAUUGCACACUUGAGUAAAAUUAAAAAGGCUCACUUACA